AUGUCAAAAAAGAUUCAGAAGUUGGAGAAGGAAUCUCUGUCAUGGAAGAAGAAAUGGGAGACAUCACAGACAGCUUUAUUGGAUAUGUGUGGAGAACGGCAGGCCAGUGAGGAGCGAGCAGCUGCAACCGUGAGACAGCUGCAUCAUAUGCAGAGCUUGUGUCGGACGUUGCAGGCGGAGAGGACAGUGUUGCUAAACACACUGAAGGAGCACAACAUCGAGCGCCCCCCGCUGCCCGCGCCCACACCCGCGCCCGCCCCCGCCCCCACACUCGCCCCCGCCCACUCAGCCGCCUCUAACGCAAAGGUCGAUGCAAUGGCAGCCAACUGCGUCCAAUUACGACAGAGUCUCGCUCAUUUACAAAGUCAGUUGAACGUCUUAACGAAUAAAAAUACCACGACAGAGGAGCCCGCGAAGCCAGAAAAACAAAAGAAGUCGAAAUCGAAAAAGAGCAAAGCGGAGAAACAAGCACAGAAACUUGCUGCUGAAAAGGGUGAUUUUGCAAAAGAACCGGAGAGCGAUGGUCCAAGUGCUGCCAAAGAGUGUACAGACGAAGUGAAACCCAUUGCCGAUGAACUUGAAAUCCAAAAUGCCAUCGCAGUUGAAAGCGUAGAGGAGAAAAUAGAUGAUAAGACCAUGGAAAGUCUAAUACAAGCUAUAAACAUGGCAAACAUAAAUAUUUGCGAUUUAGACGUCGGUGACGGUGAAGUACCAGAUACUAGUGAUGCAAAAGUAGUUACACCAGAAGUAUUACCAAGUAUUAUUACCGAUACUGAAGAUAUAGAAACAGAAGUAGUGCCAAGUAUAAUUGAUUCUGAAAUACUGAAAGAAUCAAGUAUAAACGAAAUCAUAACUGAAGUCAGUUCCAAAGAGGAAUCCAGUAUUACUGAAGUGACUACUGAAGACACAGCAUCUUCUAGUAUGUUAGAAUUAAGCUCUAAUGAAGAGAUUGCGCAUAUAGAAGAAGUUAAGCCUAUAUUAAAUGAGGAGGCCUAA